AUGGCAAUUGAAGGAGAAGAUGGGUCAAUAUCCAUUGAUCUUGAAGAGACUGGAGUUGUUCCAAGAGAGGAGGCAGGCGGUUCUAGGGAGGUUUUGAGCACCGAGGUGGGGGCUCCAUGGGCGCCCACUACUCUAGGACAUACUGCCUAUACAGAAGAGGAGGGUGGCGAGGUGCCUGUUGCCAUGUAUGGAGGUUUAAAGAGGGUAUGUUUUGGGCGAGCAAGAGCUAGGGGGAGUUGUCCUAGGCGAGCCGCAGACGCUGAUUUGCGCGUGCACCAUGCUGUCCAGGAUGCCAAUUUGAGCAGCGAUGAGCAAAUUAGGAGCGAGGCUGGGUGCGCAAAAGCAGGGACUACUAGGCACGCAUGGGGUACUAGCCUGGGCAUGUGUGUAGGUGUGGGGGCCGACCUAGGCACCGAUUUAGGCGCUGUUUUGGGCAGUCCAGGCGAGCUCGGUGUCCGUGUAAGGGAGGUGGCAACGUGGCGCCUAGUCUUUGGCGCCAAUCUGAGCAGUUUUGGCGUGCAAGCUUGUGGAGAUGGGUGUGCAGAGGCUGGGUUGGGUGCCCAGAUGACCCCAAUUGGGUGA